AUGCGGAAGAGUCGCCCCUCGGCCCACUUCCUGGCACUGGCAAGCUGGCUGCUCGCCCAGCUCAUCCUCGCCGGGCAUGAGUUCCUCUGCACCGAGCCCUGUCCUUCCAGUGCCCUCGGCCUCGAUCUCUCCAAACAGGGUCCGACCUCCGCGGCCAGUCAUGCAGACGCAGGUCGAGCAGUCCGUCAGCCUGCCGGUCGAAAAAAACAUCGCCUGACCAAUCCCAUGGGCCCCACCUGGCAAGAAAGACGAGUUCGCCGGAAAGGCUCGGAUCCUCUGGAGCAUGUCCGCCCAACCGACUCCCCAAUCCCCCUUCCUCUGGGUCAGCGUAAUAUCAAAAACAAGGUGGCCAUAGUGCUAAAUCAUCAGGAGGAGGAGCCUCGAAGAAUCGGGCUAGAUUUUGACCUCAACGGUACACCUCCAUCCAGCCCACCUGGACAAGAAGUCCCAGUGGAAUACGUCCCGGGUGAACACGUUCCGGUUGAACAAGCAGCACCGCUUGAGCGCAUAGCUCAACAUGAGGUCAUGCCAGAAGAGCAGCCAGCCCAUGCUCAUCCCGUGGAUUCCUUGGAUAUGAAUGACCCUAUCCCUCCGGAAUUCAAACCAAUCCUAAGCCAGGUCCAGGUGGCGGUCGUCCACCCAAAGCUGCUUAUCAAGUACCAUACCCCAUUGAAGGACCAUAUCAGUUCCCAUCCCGCCAGAUUUCCCGUCGGGAAGGCGAGCAAGUUCGUCGAGCAGAUCAACGGUCUGGCGGUCUAUUUCGAAAGAUGCACCAGACUCAGCAGCACAUCUGAGAUGAUGUUUGCACCGAGGAUCGCCAAGCUAUCGAAACCCAAGCCAUCGGCCGCCAAGGAUAGGGGAAUAUACCAGCACCCGUCGAAGAUCAAUACAUUGCUCGGCAACUUGAUAAAAUGCAUUCUCUUCGCCCAUGGUGCCUUCUUGAAGCAGAUCGAAUGCCCUGUCGAACAGGAGAUCAAAAAACACGACUCGCUGAUGCGCUGGCUCACCGAGCUCAUCUUGUCCACCGCGAACCAUCUCCCGAUCUUUGGUGCGAUCAGCCAUUCAAAAUACACAAACCUUAAGAAGAAGGGCUCUGCCCCGGCCCAGAAGCAUGUGAUCCACUCUCUCCGAGGGCGAUCUGAUGAUCCGACCUCAGAGUUCUACAACGAUUUUACGCCACUGACCCUGAUCGGGAUAUGGUACAAGCGGGAGGCUCCCGAGGAGUGGGCCCAGCAUUUCCAGAGCAGUGAAUCCACGUUCUGGCUGCGGAUGGGACAGUCUAUGGACGCGGCAAAGAAAAGUAGAAGAUGGAAAAGUGGCAAGUGGGUCGAACAAGCUCUCGGGCACCAGAAGUCUGCUGGCGCGGAGGUGAUCGAUUUUGACCUACUCGGGCUUCAACAAGGAAUUAACCCGCAGGGCUGCGGUCGCUCAUGGGUAGAAAAACACUCCUGGGUGGUUGAUAGGGACAAUUACCAGCCAUCGGAGGUCGAAAACCGGAUCAUCAUGGAACACCGGAGAGUGCUCGAGUCGGUUGAUUCAAGACGAAUAUAUAAGCCAAUGAAAACCAUCACUGGCGUUCGGGCCACUCUCAAUGUCGCAGUGGAGAACACGACCGGGAAGGAGGUUUGGGUGGUCAAAGUACUCGACAGCAUGUCCCGAGCCUUGAGAAUAGAUGCAUUGGAGACCAAAAUGACCCGGCUACUCGAAGGCUUACGGCAAUACCACCAAACGCUGAUAAGGUAUAUAGAACAUUCCGGUAUCCAAACCAUUCCGGAUGCCCACAAUGCCUUUCUGGACUGGCUCAGUGAGAUGAUCUUGAACCCUUCAGCUAGACCUCUUCAUCUCCCGCUUUUCGGAUACGUCUCGAAUUCUGAGCUGGCCGAUGGGGUACUGCCACGAGAUGAGACUCGGUUCAACCCAAUCCAGCAUUGGGUCCUGCGUUACAUAGCCGUUCCCGACAAAAGCCGAGCAACCUUGAAUGUAUUGAGCUUGCUGGGAUACUGGUACAAGAAACACCAGCCUGACUAUUGGCGAGCUCACUUCUACAACGAAGAAAACUUCGGUAGGUUAUUCGAACAUGCUAAGAACUUAGAAGCAAAUCUAGGGUGUCCUAAUUCACCCUUGGAAUGGUAA